AUGCGCCCAAGAAGCAACGUUGAAGACUACGAUGAGUUCCGCCCAUCCCCUUCAUCCGUGCAACUUCCGGAUUACUUGACAACUAAGUCCUUUGACAAAGGUCGUCUCCCCAUAGUCGAACAUGCAACCUUCAGAUCGCACAAGGACAACGAAGAAGAGGGCGAUGAUUGUGCAGUUUGUUUGAGCAGAGUAGAGGCAUGGGAUAUUGUGAGACGACUUGAUAACUGCGAGCAUGCUUUCCAUGUCGGGUGCCUAGACUCUUGGAUUGACCGUGGUGGCGAAACAUGCCCUGUGUGUCGAGCUCAGCUGGUGUCCGGCGAUAGGGAAGUGGUGGGCCAUGGGAAAGAUCCAUGGAGAUCACAGAGAAUGGUCUACUUGUUUGGAGAGGAUUGCUUCAUGGAGGAGCUUCAGUGA